GGCACACCUCCGAUUCAGGACGAGCGGCCGGCCAGCCAGCGCGCGAGAGGACGUACGGACGCACAGCUAGGCGGAGGCGAUGGACGGCCGACGACGACGGCAAUGGCCGAGGUCGCGCUCGGGAGCGGCCGCCGCGCGUCUCCUCCUCCUGCUGCUCCUGGCGGUGUCCUUGGGUGGGCAUGGUGAUCACGGCGCGGCGGCUGCGGGCGUCGCCCCGGCAGGCGGCAACGGCAUGACGGAGCUGCAGAAGCACGUGGCGUUCUUCGACCGCAACCACGACGGCAUCAUCACCUUCGACGAGACCUACCAAGGUCUGCAGGACGUCGGAGUUGGCGAUGUCACGGCCAAAGCCAGCGCCGCGUUCAUUAACGGCGCCCUCGGGCCCAAGACCAGACCUGACAAUUCCAACUCCUCGCGCAUGGAUAUCUACGUAGAGAACAUUCAGAAGGGCAAACAUGGAAGCGACACAGGCGCCUACGACGCUCAAGGAAGGUUCGUUCCCGCGAAGCUGGACGAGAUGUUCACCAAGCACGCCAAGACCGUACCGAACGCCCUGACGAAAGACGAGCUCGACGAGAUGCUCAAGGAUAACCGGGAGAAGAUGGACGUCGCAGGAUGGCUGGGAGCCAAGUCGGAGUGGGAGAUGCUGUACAAGCUGGCCAAGGACAAGGACGGCCGCCUGCCCAAGGACACCGUCAGGGCCGUGUACGACGGAUCCCUCUUUUACCAGCUGGCGGCGCAGGCGAAGAAGGGCUGAUUCGUUUACGUUAAUUUCAGUAAUCAAUAACAAGCAACGUUUUUUUUUUUGUCGUUUCUGAAUGCUUGCCUGUGUGGCUGUGUAAGAAAGCGAGUGGGUCGGACUCAAUGGCAGGCAACGGUUUU